CCGGGGACUGGGGACAGCGGUUGUCACGGUGCCAGCUGAGCUCCAGGUCAGAGACCGAGCAGCGUUUGGGGAGUUUUUCAGAGCAGCAAGUGAGGAAAAGUUUUGACAAGCGUUACCUGCGGGUGGCUUCUGUCAGCGGCAGCGACAGCAACAGCAGCGGCGUGUCCAGCGUCCAGCAGCAGCCUGUGUAGAGUGUCUCCUCUCUGCGGGUGAGAGGCUGUACGAUCCUCGGCAGUGUUCUGAGACUGUACGGCCCCGAUACCACCACCCCCCACCUACUCCGCUCCAGCCUGGACGGUCACUGCAUGGACUAACUUAACUGUUCCCAGGUUUAAUGACAUGAUCUGUCAGAGGGCUCCCUCUGACCUGCGCACUUCGAUGUAAUACACUUGGUUUUUUCUUUUUCAAAGAACUUGUUUUGACUCUAAAGUUGGACUUAACUUAGUCUGUCGGGGGAAUUACAACGUUGAUUGUGCAUGAGAGAAAACAUGACGGCCGAUAAGGAGAAGAAGAGGAGCAGCUCAGAGCGUCGUAAGGAGAAGUCUCGGGAUGCAGCUCGCUGCAGGCGCAGCAAAGAGACAGAGGUUUUCUACGAGCUGGCUCACCAGCUGCCUCUCCCCCACAGCGUCAGCUCUCACCUGGACAAGGCCUCCAUAAUGAGGCUGGCUAUCAGCUUCCUGCGCACACGCAAGCUGCUUGCCACAGGCUGCAGCAGCAGAAGCAGUGAUGGUGAUGAGGACGGACAGAUGGAUAGUCUGUACCUGAAGUCUCUCGAGGGCUUUAUCACCGUGGUAACAUCAGACGGCGAUAUGAUAUUCCUGUCCGAGAACAUCAACAAAUUCAUGGGGCUCACACAGGUGGAGCUCACUGGUCACAGCAUCUUUGACUUCACCCAUCCAUGCGACCACGAGGAGAUCAGAGAAAACCUCAGCCUGAAGACAGCUGGCAGUGGCUUCGGUAAAAAAGGCAAAGAGCUGAGUACUGAGCGGGAUUUCUUCAUGAGGAUGAAAUGCACGGUGACCAACAGAGGACGCACAGUCAACCUCAAGUCAGCCAGCUGGAAGGUGCUGCACUGCACCGGGCACCUGAAGAUGUACAACAGCUGCCCUCCCAGGGUGCUGUGUGGCUUCAAAGAGCCUCCGCUUACCUGCGCUGUUCUGAUGUGCGAACCCAUCCCACACCCAUCCAACAUCGACACGCCUCUGGACAGCAAGACCUUCCUGAGCAGACACAGCAUGGACAUGAAGUUCACCUACUGUGAUGAGAGGGUAACAGAACUGAUGGGUUACACUCCUGAGGAUCUGCUGGGACGCUCGGUCUACGACUUUUACCACGCCCUGGACUCAGACAGUGUCACCAAGAGCCACCACAACUUGUGCACCAAGGGUCAGGCAGUGAGCGGUCAGUACCGAAUGCUGGCUAAGAACGGAGGUUACAUCUGGGUUGAAACUCAAGGAACUGUUAUUUAUAACAGCCGCAACUCCCAGCCCCAGUGCAUCGUGUGCAUAAACUAUGUCCUUAGCGACAUUGAGGAGAAGUCAAUGAUUUUCUCCUUGGAGCAGACAGAGUCCCUGUUCAAGCCGCGCCACAUGAGCAGUUUCUUCACCGCUGGAGGUGCGGGUGUGACUGGAGAGCCGGGAGAUGCCCUUUUCACCAAACUCAAAGAAGAGCCGGAAGACCUGGCCCAGCUGGCUCCGACACCUGGAGACACGAUCAUUUCCCUCGACUUCGGUCGCCCUCAGUUCGACGUUCAAGGCGCAGCUAUGCUCCCUCCAGGGCCUCCGUCCUGGGCUAGCGAGAGCCACAAGCCUGCCCCUCCAGCAUCGGGCCAAACCCCAGCUCCGGUUCCAGGGGAUAUGGCUAACAUGGCUGGCACGUUCACUGUGCAGCAGAAUCCGCCACCGGGCAGCGCCACCCCGAGCCUCAGCAGCUGCUCCACGCCGAGCAGCCCAGGUGAUUAUUACAGCUCAGUGGAGAGUGACCUGAAGGUGGAGCUGACUGAGAAGCUGUUUGCUUUGGACACAGAGAGCAACAACACUGCAGACACUGAGAGGGACUUAAGUGACUUGGACCUGGAGACUCUGGCUCCUUAUAUCCCCAUGGAUGGAGAAGACUUCCAGCUGAAUCCCAUCAUCCCAGAGUCUGAACCCCUGGAGGGGGGUCCGGCAGGAUCCCUGGGAAGCAGCAGCAGCAGCCUGCCACAAACACACCAGGGCUCCCAGCAGAGGUUUAGCAACAUCGCCAGCCUCUUCCAGCCCCUGUCCUCCCCUCCUCAGCCCCAAAGCCACUACCAGUCCCAGCCUGCUGCAUCCUGGGCUACAGGAGAGAAGAGAAGCUCUAGCCAGGAGACCCUGAACCACCACAUGAUGGGGCACAUGCAGAAUCCCCCAUACCAGGCCCCAGCCAGCACCCCUCUGUCCUCCAUGGGUGGCAGGCAGAAUCUGCAGUGGCCACCAGACCCUCUGUUAACCUACAAACAACAACAACCACAAGCCGCCAAGGCCUACCUGAUGGACAAUUCAGGAGAGGCACGCCCAUCCUGCCAACAGAAUAUGACACAUCUCAUGCAGAAACAGAGAUCCAUUGACAACUUUGUACAAGCCUACAGAGACAUGAGUCCAGCCAGAGUGGCCAUGACCAACACUAUCAAGCGCUCCUUCACCCAGAUGGCUGUGGGUGAAAGCAAGCCUUCAGAAAUCAUGUGGAAGAAGAUGAGGGGUGAUGGCUGUGUCACCAUGGAUCGCUCCCUCAGCGCAGGGUCACUGGCAGAGUCGGGGAUGAGCAGGAUGAUGCCAGGCAGCAUGUCUUCAUGUCUCAGCUCUCUGCAACAGCACAGGAAGUCUCAGUAUCCAGGAAAUGGGAUAGGUGGUGCAAGUGAGAAAGCCUUCUCCCAAAAGAGCUGCAACUACACUGACUACAACAUGCUGCCUUCUACCAAGACUGAGGGUAUAGCUAGCCGUCUGUUGGGCCCUUCGUUUGAGCCUUCCUGUCUGCCGGAGUUGACCCGCUACGACUGCGAGGUCAACGUCCCACUGCAGGGCAACCUGCACCUCCUCCAGGGCUGUGACCUGCUGAGAGCCCUGGACCAGGCCACCUAGAGCCCCAGAUUCAAAAACCCCACCAUAGACCCAGACUUGAUCCCAGCCCUGAACCUCAACCUGCAGCCCGAGACUUAAGCGUAUAUCUUUACUUUCAUACCUCUGGGGCCGUCUGAAAGCCCUGAGGCUAAGCUACCUAUAGGGGAUGCCUUAUUUAGCUUGCCUGACUUAAACCCCAUACUGUCCCUACUAUGUUCUGUGUUCUUUCUGUAAUUCUGUACCUUGACCAUCUAAACAAGCUGAGAUAUCAGGGUCAAGUCAGUUUCACCCCUUCUCCCCCAAGCUUUUGACUCAAAUCCAAUGCAGGUUGAUCACCAAUGUACAAAAGUUGCUCUGCACUGAGCCAACCACAUAGAGGACCCACACAUUUAAGAGAACAUGGGUCAUUCGGUCAAAAAAGGCCAAUGUAGAAUACAAAAUGAUUCCGGAUAUGUGUCCUGUGCUAAAAAGUCUUGACACUGGGAUAUCUCUGGUCACCAGGUUUGGGGUAAACGUCUCUCACAGGUCAGCUCUGUGUUUGGACGCACAGGCUGAACUCGGGUCUUUGGUAUAAACAGGGUAUUAGAGGUGUGGGAUUCAGACACACAAUCUGCCUUAAAGGCCAGCUCUGCCCAAACAUCUACAGCCAUACACUGCAGCCUACCAGCUGUUUCCUACCCUGACUUAAGUGGGAAUCCAUGACCAAGCUACAUAUAGGCACAGGAUUCAAACCUAUAACCUGUCUCCUUUGCAGAUAUGAACUCUAUGCAGCUCAGUUCCCAGCCUUACUUUCUCUUCAGCUAACUUAUUUAGCUCAGAAGAGAUUAUAUUAUACUACCUACACAUUAACAGAGACACUGUGUUCUUUCACUUAGUGUACUUGACCAGCAAUUAGACCCAGACCACUUUUCUAGUUCUAGUCAAAGCCUCAAGUAAAAGUUGGGUAUCAUGAAUUGGUUCUGAAAUGUAGCCAUUUUAAAAUUAAUAAGAACCAAGGAUUAUUUACAAAACACAGUCUUUGAUUCUGCUUAUUGAUUCCCAAAGAUUACUUUUUAAUCACUACACUGCAAUAUGCAGGACUGGAAAAAGUGUGGCUAAAAGUAAUCAGUGUGCCAAAAUAAUUAUUUAAGGGAGGUACUGUUAGCACAGUAUAAGGCUGGUAACAGCAGUGGUUCCCAACUUUUUUUUUUUUCUUUUGAUCACUUAAAAAUGUUUUAACAAUUUGAGCAGGUGUUUUUUCUUUGAAACUCUUAGAUGGUUUUAUUUUAUAAUUGUUAGAGUCCAGAAGGGAUAAAACUAUUAAUUCACAUGAAACAUGACAAAAUAAAUAGAAACUUGUCUAAUGGAACUGUAUUUUUCUUGACUCUGUAGGACUAGGAGGAUAUCCAAUUUAAGUAAAAACAAUGUUUAACUUGUACAUGGCUAGAGAAUACCUCUAUUUCUUAAAUUGUAUCAUAAAACACUUUCCUAUAUGGCAAGUCUGCUUAAGACUAAAAUGCCUUGACUUUAAUCACAUGUAGAUUUCAUUUCACUCUCAAAAGAAUAAGAAUUGGGACUCAGUAAGCAGAAACAAAACCAAAAGUAUACCUCUCUCUUCACUCAGACAGACAGACAGACACACUUACUUACACAGACGGUCGUCAGUCUCCCUCUUCUUGCCUAAAGUCCAUCCAACCUCAGUCACUGUAACGGCCUCAUCUGUUUAAAUGACCAAGUAGUACAGUUUGUUCAUUCAGAAAGACUCUGAUUCUCAGAACAUAAACUGGUCCACAUAAGUAUUACAACUGUUCGGGUCAAUUUUAAUGACAUAUGCAUUAUAUUGUUAUUUUAGGUAUUAUAAUUAGUCUAUACUUCUGUUAUUGAAUUGAGACAUUUUAGCUUUUAUCAAAUCUCCCCAAAUUAUUUAAUCCAAAUCAAUGGGACACUUUACUGUGUCAAUACUGCUUUGUUUCUCUCCUCUCAUUUAUUUUUUAUGUUCUUACUCCACCUACCAGAUUUUUUGUGUCUAUCUCACAGACACACAAAAACAUAUAUUGCAAUACAUGUACUCUACUGUAAGUUGAAUAUUGUUAAGUUUUAUUUUUUUCUGUUCUUUUUUUCUAUCAUUUCUUCUUAAAACUGUCUUCAUGUCUAAACAUGAUUCCCCCUUUCUCACCUUUCUGUCAGGUAAAUAGCUCAUGUGAUGUGACUACAGGGUUUUUUUGUUUUUGUGCAAUUAUUUCAUUCAGCUAAAGCUUACAUAGUCAGCAACAAAGCUAGCCUUAUUCACCAAACUGAUAGUUUGUACAAAGGAAUCUGGCUUACACACACUGUAAAGAGUUCACGUGAUUAUAUGUUGCAGGCUUACACACACUUCACACAAUACAGAACCCCCCCCCCCCCAAAAAAAAAAAAAAAAAAACCUAAACAAAACAAAAACAAGGCAUGUGCACAGGUUACCUAAUGGGGAAGGACAGGGAUGAAAAAAGGGGGACUUCUCCUGCAUCACUUGUAAAUUCAGUUUUUGCCCUUAAAGAGACCUUAAAUGUGUUAAGUGUUUUAGGCUCCUUAACUUUACUAUACAGUUAUACAGCUAUGUAUGUUCUCUGCUGUUCCAGGCAGCAUUUGGUUUAUAUUCAUUUCUUUGCAGUAUGAAUAUCAGUUAGCAGACUUUUCAAAUUGUGUAAUACAUACGUAAUAAACAUAAAGUCUACGUUUUCUUUUUUUCCUUUCUUUUUUGGAGGGAGAUUGUCAAAAUUACAUUAUCUGGCAUGUGAGCUAAUCAGAGGUGCAUUACAAGGGGUCAAAAGGGCAAUUUAGCUGAUAAGAAGGGCACUUAAGCCAUCCAGAAGGGCAACUGGGCCAAUCAGAAAGCCAAACUGAGGGGGUUAAGUUGGUAUUUAGGUUCAUCAAAGCCAUAAAAGAGGUUACUUAUCAACCUCAAUUGCCCUCUUGGUGUUAUUAGGGCAAAAAUGAAGCUUGUGUGCCAUUAAAAAACAAGGCCACUUCAGCUCUGAGAUCAAAAAGGGCAGGAGAGGUCAGUCCUUCCCACCCCUGUGCACACCACUGCACAAACCAGAUGGGGUAAGGUCAUAUGACAGCAGCAACUGUAUAAUCACUUACUCAUUCAGAUUAUACAUAUGUACAUAGCAGAGGCAACAGCCUUGGUUUCAGUGCCGUAGAGCAGCCUGCGAAGUGACUUGAAAGUGGAGUAUAUGUAUUAUUCUUUUAUGAUUAGGACAAGGCCAGUUUUUCUUCUAAUUCACAACACAGAGUGGCCACCAAAACCAGAAGGCUUUGAUACAGAAAUAUAUUAGUCAACCUUAUACAUGAUGGACUAGAGUAGGGUCAGAAUUUUAUUUUCUAACUAAAAAAAAAAAAAAAACUGUCAUUUUCACCCAAACGAUGAAAACAAGUUCUCACUAUUUUCUCUGCUCUCUCCUUUCCUGUACUGUCAAAGUAUUUUUCUUAAUCUCACUCUAUUUUUUUGAGGUAAUUGUCUUUGUGUGGUGACCACUUUUGAGUAUGAAUUAUAGAGCUUUGUACACAUAUACGUUACGUAUUUAAAGAAACAAAACUAAUGUUAAGAUAGUGUUUUUAGUGUUUAUGUGUCCUGGUACUUUGUCCUUAUCUACCCCUGUAGAUGCAGAUGGAUCAGAUCCCUCGCAGUGCUGUUUCCCCUCGUGCUGUUUCCAUGUUGUGGCAUUUUAUUUUCUUCAGAGUUUUAUCCUAAAAUAUAUAUUGAAUCUGUUGGCUGGCCAGUACUGUUUUUGCUUUGAAAAGAUAGUAAAACAAAACAAACAAACAAAAUGGAAAAAAAGAUUAAAAGCUAAAAUAUCAGUUUUCUAAGUUUCACUUUUCAGAUAUGUAGCAUUUUGAAUAUUGUAAAGAAGGUGAAGUUGCCUCAUAAUUAAUCACAUAGUUUUCCAGUUGCAUAUAUAAAAGCAAUGGUGCUUCAUAGACAAUGUAUGUGUCAUUUUUAGAACUUUUAUUACAUCUCUUGGAUCCACUAACACUGUAUUUUUUACGUUUUCUGCUUUAUGUCAUGCUGAAUUGUUCUUUAAAGUUAAUUUUGAUCCCUACAAUGUGCCUUAUCAUAACACAUACUGAGUUCACCCUUCAAGAGCACAGCUUUUUCCUGCCACCUGUAGGUGACAAUGGGGCCUAUUACUGAAGAUAAUCCUAAAUUGAAAUUGUAUAGCAUGAAAGUUCCCCAUUGUUAUAAUUUGAAUUUGCACAUCACAUGACACCUUAACUUUAUCUUCUAAUGAUUUUUGUCAAUUAAAAGCCAGCUUGCAGAACUUGAUAUUAAUGUGGAAAUAUAGCAGGGGCCCUAAAAAUGGGGAUACAGUGUCACAUUUGGGAUGAUUUUCAUAAUAAACCCUCAGGUUUUGUAGUUGACAGCUCCUUCAUAGCCUCUUCCUAGCCAUGGAACAUACAGUAGAAGCCUCAUAGAUUCAAGCAGAACCCCAUUAGAGCCCCCUGGUGAUGACGAGUCAAAUUAUGUUUAAGGUUUUUAAGGAAAUGGAUUUCCCAGCUCAUCAACAUCGACAUGACAGUCUGUUUGCUGAUGAAGCUGCUUGUGGGUUUUUAAGUUUAAUUGAAUAGGACUGGACUAUACAGUAAAAGUUCUCCUGGGUGGUGGGUUAUAUAUGUCAGAUGGGACAGCAGUGUACAACAAAGUUAGUGCUGUGUUUGAGUUACAUUUUAAGUGUGUGUAACUAUCAGUCUGCAAACCAAAUUUGCCUGACCUGAUCAUGUAGAUACUACAGUUCAAUAUUAAAGCUCAAGUUCUAUAUGAAUUACUUCUGUGUAUAGGAAAGAUGCCAAUAAAAACAAAUCCAAAGGUAAAGAUCUCACACCCACGUUGAUACAUAGGAGUCAUGGAGUCCUCCCGUGAUGUUUAGUAAGAUUUGAUUAUUCUGAGAGGGGAUGUGGGCCGAGAACAGUUUGAACAGUUAUGAAGGAGAUAUUAAAAUAAGUUAUGUCAAGUUGAGUGAUACAUGAAGAGAGAUACAUCCUGCUCAGCCUGCCCACUGAUGCAAAUCUCUCCACUCGACUCAUCACUCAUCUGUUUCUCCUCUCACUCCCCCUCUCUCUUCACUUUCCUUUAACAAAAUUCAUUUGUUUUCAUGUCAGCAGUUACUUUAGAAAAGACAGCAUUUCUAGCAUUGUUUAAAUUGGAGGUUCUUUCAAAGUAAAAAGCCUGCAAAUGCAGCUAUGGUUAGAUUAGGUUUAUAGAAAUGCACUUCACAGAAUUUUAAAAGCAUGUUUUUAAACCACUGGAAUUAUUUUCAUUGUACAUUUACAGUGCAAUAUAGAACUGUUCCUGAAGAGCUUAAGUGCUAAAGCAAUUUUAAGAGACCAAAGAAUACAUUAAAUGUUUUUGAAACAAACAGAUGGAAGAACAGUGCCUCAGAUGGACUUUUUAGCUGAUGAUGCUUGACCUAAAUUGUGUUACUGUAUGUGGAAAGAGUUGGCUAGAUGGAAGUUGAUUUUUAAAAUAAAAAUGUAGACAGAGGGAAAGUCCCAUGCCCAUUUUAAGCUAGCUUCUGCUCCACUAGUUUUGGCCAGACAAUUUAAAAUUUAGCAGACUUUAAAAAUGUUAAAUCCUUUUAGUUGUUUUAACCCAGCAAGUUAUUUUUUAGCAUUUAAGAACUACACCUCUGUUGAUAUAAAUUGAAAACUUUGCUGUCUUGUGGAGUAAAAAUCUGUUUAUUUUAGAAUACAGACAGAACAAUAAGAAUGGGCGUCAGCUAAUCAGUAGGACAAAAUAAAGAUGGCUAACUCUCAGAAAAGCUAUGAUAAGUGAGCGCUAGUGAAAUAGAUGCUAAACAAAAUGGGCGGGGUUUCAGUUCUCUGUUUUAAUUCUAGAAAGGCCUAUCACCAGUCCUAGUGCUAAUUAUGCUGUGCUACUUGAAGGGGUUCCCUAAAAAAACAAAAGUGACAAAAUGUUUAAGGAUUUAAUUCACUCUUUCAUUGCACCUUCUCUUUAAAGAAAAUAUCAGCAUUUUGUCUCGUCUUGUGUAACAACAGGGUUUUUGUUUUUCCUUAUGGGAUCCAUGUUCAGCUACUUAUAUUCUGUUUUUGUCAGUGUCAUACAGUACAGUUAGCUGAUUCUGCAUUUUUUAACAAGCUAAAAAUUCAUAUUGAUCUUAUUAUUAUCAUAUAUUGUUAUCAUUGUUAUUACUAUAUGGGGAAUUUAACCCAAUAAGAAGUUUGUGUUUCUGCACUGAUAUCUUAUUAUUAAAGCAUACUGAUCUUACCCUCUC